AUGCGCUAUCCGUCGUUUGCUCGCGCUCAAGCGGUUGAUAUCACCGUUCUCGAACUCGCCACCCCUGCAAUACCCUGCGACGGCGGGAGCAUGGAGGGGAGCGGGCUUGGUGCGGAGAGAGUCGCCAAUGGCGCCGAAGACGAACUGCCCCAGCCUGACCCUGUGGAAGACGGACAACCUCGCGAUCAGGCGACGGGACGUAGGGGGGUCGGCGGUGGGCCGGUGCGGCGGUUCCUAGGAGAGGCGAUGGCGAGGCAAGGCAACAACGAUCGAAGGCUGCCCCGUCGAGGACACCAGCAGGCGAGUGUCGAGGGGCGUUCUGGAGAAACGGAAUCAAAGCGCGAGCUCGAGGCCUUGCGCAAAGAACUCGAGGAAAUUAAGGACUUGCUCCGUAUCCGAAGCGACGAGCUGCGCGGCAUACAGUCCUUCUUGGAUACGACGGACAAAACCUCGCUGGCAGACGUUCGCCGAACGGUCGAGCGCUUGAAUGCUGAGAGCUUCCAGCUUGCAGCCACGCUCGCGAACAGUUGCCAGUAUAGCCCAAGGGACCGCGCUCAUUCGCACAAGGAGGAAACGCGAGCUAGGUUGAAGUUGGAGAGCGUGCUAGGAAAGAGGAUGCUGGGGAUGUUGAGAGUGGUGAAGCACUGCGAGGACCCCCAUUGCGUUCAGCUGGCAUUGCAGGCGUGCCUCGCCUCGCACGCCGCUCGCUUGAGCACACAAUGGCACACAAAUGUCACCGAGGAUACGCGUGUUCUUCAGACCGUCUACGACAAAAUUCGUGGAUCGGAAUGUCCACCAGUAAGCCGUCGCUGGCGAGCAUUGAGCUACAAGUUCGGUGCACAGAACUUUGAAGCUCCUGAGCGAUCAUCAGCUACCUCGAACAUCGCUGCAGAACUUGCCGACGUACUAUUCUUCUCAGGCGCCGACAUGGCUCUCCCGGACAUUCACACCUUGGUGCUGGAACGAGUCUCCGCCAAACUUGAGGCACUGCUGGAGAUCGUAGACUCGCUACAGAAGAUAUUCUACGAAGAUGUCGUCUCGUGCGAGCUUAGGCUUGGCCUACCGCGAUGCGGUCAACGGUUCGACCCAGAAAGUAUGGACGAUAUCAGCGCCGAAACAAACAGUGCGUCGGGGUCACGCCUGGAGGUAUUGUGCGCGACAGAGGUCGGCUUGGCCAGUCAAGAUAAAGCGUCCGACGACAACUCAACCGUUUUGCUCAAAGCGAAGGUCGCUUCGGAAGCCAUAGUCAACGAAAUACUUCAAGCUGGGACCAAACAGAGAUGCUCUUGUGAGUCUAGAUUUCCUGCUAACUUUAUCACGCUCACCGAGAACAAGCCUCGUUCCACGCGAGAACUCAUUUCGGCAGCCGCAAUGGAAAUCGCCACUGUCAGAGAAAACAGCACCAGAGGGACUAGACCAAGGGGUUGUUGCGGCGUUAUCUCAUACCCUAUAGAGAGGAGGCGUGAGUGCCAUCAUGGUUGGCCCUAUUCGACGGCUCCAGGCUCAUUCGCCUGCGUGGUCCCAGACGCAAGGGUUGAGUCUGUCGUUCGCACACCGUUCGAGCCCUGCUGA